CUGGCAAGGACUCAGGGAACGCUUCUUACUUCGUCGUCAUUGAUUUGACCUUGCAGGUUCAGUUGAUAUGACUAUCCUGAUUAAUGUCCGACCCGGCUCUGAACACAAGUACUCAUAAGGUCUUGUGUCAACCCUCGCGAGGACCUCACUGCCUGCAAAGGUACCCUCGGGGUCACUUAAAGGACAACUGCAAUACGAGGAAGGAUAACGGCUCUGAGUUGGGACCCAUAAGAAACGAUGACAACAAUUGAAACCCCCAAAAACACUGCAGAAGGAGAACCCGCCUUUAAGAUGAGUUAAAGAACAAAGAGGACACCGGUGAACUCGCCAGCAGUAGCUGUAGAAAUUGCGCAAAUUGAUAACGCAACACCAAAGAUUAAUACAGGAGCACCCCUCGCAGAGAGGACUCAUUCCUCGCCUAAACAGGAGUUUAUACUCCAGAUGAGAAAAUCCGAGGAAGAAGCACUUUCGAAAUGUAACAAUGUGUUACGUAAGAUGAGAGAGGCCAUCAACAAACAGCGCAACAUCAGUAAAGACGUUCAAAACGGAGUGACCGAAUUGGAGGAACUAUUAGAUGUUAUAGCGGACUACAGACGAAAUUGGAAGUCGGCUGAAAAGGAAAGAGGAGCAAGUAAACUCCGUAACGUGGAGCUCGAGGUGGACCUACUUACCCCGAAAUCAAAUACGUACAAAAAUAAGCGUAGUGCGUCGAGUCCUGGCGAAACCAAUCCGCAGAAAAAACAUAAGAAACCUACAGAAACUGCUGUAGAAGUAGAAAGUGAUCGACAUUCAACAGAAAAAGAGCCCGAGUGGAAAACUGUAAACAGAAACAGGAAGCCGAACAUUAAAAGACCGAAAGUCCGACCAGAAGCUGUUGUUAUAAAACCUCGAGACGGCCACAGCUAUGCUGAUGUUUUAAGACGACUACGGGAAAAGGUGAACCCCGAAAACACAGACGUUGCAGUUCAAUCAGUGCGGAAGACAAAAACAGGUUCCCUACUCCUUAUAAUGGGAAAAGGAGGAAAUAAAGAGGAAUUUCGUGAGACUAUCAAAGGAUCACUAAAGGAGGAAGCCAUAGUGAACAGCGUGAAGACUAAGGCAACUAUCGAAAUUCAAGAUCUCGACGUCCUCACAACUGAAGACGAGGUAAUUGAUUCCAUAAUAAAAACUGUUAAUGCAGCGAAAGAAGAAGUAAACAUUCGACUAACGGCAGCCAACAUAAGAGAGCAGAAGCGGGCUUUCGUGUCUUUACCCGCAGCAGAUGCAAACAAACUCCUGGAGAAGCGUAGGAUAUUAGUAGGAUGGACAUACUGCAAGAUAAAAUACAAGGUAGAAGUGAAGCGAUGCUACAGGUGUUUCGAAUCAGGACACAUGCAGUGGGAAUGCAAGGGACCAGACCGCAAAGGUAUGGGAAUUUGUAUAAAAUGUGGUCAAAAAGGACAUAAAUUGAAAGAGUGUGUGAACACAGCGAAUUGCUGCAUCUGCUCGCAGUAUAACAAGAACCAAGCGAGUCAUAUGCCCGGGAGUUAUAGCUGCAAUCCAAACCAGUACAGAACACAAUGAGAUUC